CAUUCAUUCAUGAGUCAGUUUCUGCCCCUACUCGAUUCAAUAUUCAGUUUAGAACUAUUUCUGCACAUCCUCAUAAUUUAUUCCUAUUAAUAUGACAUCCCUGUCAUAUUCAUACCUUGCAAAAAUAAAAAAGGAAUUCCAGACAUAGUAAUUCAGGAAAUGGAUGGCACAAUCGACCAUUGUUUGGAUUGGACUCGGUGUACACAACUAUAACAUGACAAAAUUGUAACAAAACAAAAUCAGAGAGAAUCUCGCUGAAACAGCACAUGAAACUAGAAAAAGAACGAAAUAGGAUGCAAGGUCUUCUGAGAUGACAGAACUUUCGCUAGUUGUUUUGAGAGGGUAUGCAGUUAAUCAAUAGUAGAUUAAAUUGUUAAUUCUACGUCAUCUCCAAUUACGUCACCAGUAAUUACAUGAGAUAUGCGGUGCAUGCGCGUAGAGGUCAGUUGCGAAACGUGCGUCUUGGUGUCAGUCGACCAGCUUCGAGCUCUUGGUUUUUAUUAUAUUUUGCUGGUCAAGAAUUUGUGUGAAUGAAGAUAAUGGACGAAGAGGAAACUCAGAAGCAAGAAGGGUUUGCCUCCUCGACUUCGUGCGAAGAAGAAUCCAAAAGGUCAACUUCAAAUCUACCGAAGACAAUAUCAAUGAAUGAGUGGAACGGACCACAGUGUAGUCAACUACCGCAGAACGAACUGCAAAAUAUGAAUGAAUUAAAGGAUUCCAUGGCCACAAUGGCAAAUAUGUUUAAAGAAUUCAUAAAAUUAAACAGGAGGGGCAACGAAGCCCACGUCCCUAGGCCGAAGUCAGGUAGUACCAGAAAGAAACGCUCAUGGAAUGACACAAAUUCCAGCAGCAGCGUGUCUUCCUCUUCUGAAGAAGGAAGUAAAUGUUCUCACAGCAAGAGACGUCGUAAAAAUUCGUCUUCUUCGCAUUUGUCACAAAAAAGUGACCAUGACAAUCUGCAAGCGCCAAACGGCGAGGAUGCAGGGAAAGUUGCAAACAAACAUGGAGGUGAGUUUCUCGAUAAUUUAAAUGAGGAACUCAAUGAAAAAGAUGAAGAAGUUGAUGACCCAGUGUCGGAGAAGUUGGCAAAUAUUAUAGAAAAACGCUGGAAAAAAUUAAUUCCUGGUGAAAAAUUGAAGACAUUGCAUUCUUCAUACAAGAGACCAUCAAACUGUUCUCAACUCAUUGUGCCUAGAGUGAAUAGGCCAGUUUGGAUGAGAAUGAGAAAAGAACAGAAAGAUAGUGACAGGAGAAUAGCACACAUACAAGAAAAUGUAAUUGCAGCCACAAGUGCAUUAGUUCAGGGAACUGAGCUUGUCUUGAAUUCAAAUAUCAAAGAAGAUGAUAUGAAACAAAUAGCCAAGAAAUUGGUAGACAGCUCAGCACUGCUUGGGCAUGUAAACAGAGAGUUAAGUGAAAGAAGAAGGGCCAUGAUAAAGCCGUAUCUUAAGCAGGAAUACAAAGAUCUUUGCUCUGAGGAAACUCAGAUAACAAAGCUUAUAUUUGGUGAUGAAUUCAAUCAGCAAAUAGCAGAUUUGAAAAAGUCUAGCAGUAUCACUAACAAUCCUAUGAGAAGCAAUGACAGUAGAUAUCUAUACAGAGGUAGAAAUUAUGAAUACAAACGAAGCUACUCAAAUUACAGUAGAAAUCAUAACAACAACUAUCACAACCAAAACCAGUCUUUUUUGUCCAGAGGCCAGAACACAAACUUCAAGAAGAAAACAAAUUACAGAGACUACAACAGACGGGGAAAGCAGUGAACAUGUUGACUGCUAAUCCAUUGAACGAGUUUGAUAAACAAAGUGAUGCAGAAGAUCAUAAAGGAGGAAGCAACAGGCAUUGUCAUAGCACCGGAUUGGCCAACCCAAGUUUGGUAUCCAAAAUUCAUGUCCCUUCUGCUUAUGAGGCCAGUUAUGCUGGAUCAUUUC